CUUCAAGUUGGCCACCCGUGCUGGAUCGCCUACAGGUAGCCUUAAGUUCCUUGACAUACGCUAGCCACAAACUUUCAGCCGGUUACCGGUCCCGAUGGCACUCGAUGCCGGUCUCCGCAUCCGCUCCGAAGGCCUGGGCCUCGGGCGCCUCGACGCCAACCCGCCCGGCUCCAACGAUGCGGCCAGCCGCUUCCUGCAAGAAAACCACGAAAAAUGGCACAUGUUCUUUCGCGUCCAGGCCGGCCACAACCAUAUUCCGCAUGCAAUCCUCAGCACCUUGGCCAUGGGGGGUAGCCCGGAGAACGUGCAAAGGGCGUACGAUGACGGCAAGGUCAUCCAGCGUCCCAUGCCGCCAGUGGACCCCGAUGUCGUCAAGGAGAUGAGCGACGCGGCCAAGUUCCGGGCGCACAUGCAGGUGCUGGACGAGUACCCCAACUACCUGGCAUUCUUCAAGCAAGAGAUCGCAAAUAAGGGGGGAAACUGGCAGGCGGUCGUGACGGACUUCUGCUUCAGCCGGACCCCGCUCGCCGACUUUAUGCUGGCGCAGCUCUUCGAGGGCCUGUACCAUCCCUUCAUCCACCUAGGCUUUGGCAUCGAGUUCGAGCUGUCCAGCCUCGUGGCCGAGGGCCUCGCACAGGCGGCGAGCCACGACCCGACGCACCUCGACGCCUUCUUCCAACGAGCCGAGGCACUGGCGGCGGAAACAGACCCAGCACAACCGCGCACGCCGCUCCUUAAGCUGUACCGCGAAGCGCACGCCAACCGCACCAUCGCCACCGCGGCGCGUGUGUCCGACGGGCCGUGGAGGGUGCGCGAUGGCGUGCUGGGCCGAGCGCGCGAGGAGAUGGCCCGUUUGGCCGCGCAGUUCCGAGUCAGACCCACGGACGAGGACGUGGAGCGAGCGACUGCUGAGAUGAUCAGCUGUGCGGCGUGGAUGUGCGCGUCGGCGCACAAGCCGGGCAAGGCCCGCAAGUUGGACUUCUUCCUGAUGCACUGCGUCACUAGCUCGCUCUUUUGUACCGCGCUGGGCCGCCAGCCGUGGAUCAGCAUCGCCGACAAGGCGCGUCUGGUCGAGUGGAAGACCCGGCUCGACCUGGUUUGGUACGCUGCCUGCGGCGCGCCCGAGCUGCAUGGGACAAUCCUCGCCGACUACGAACCCGCUGCUAGCAAGGGUAUGGACUGGCGCCAGUUGUAUCACGCGCUCAAUGCCCACCAUGAUGACGGGCAUGUUGCCAAGUUUGUGCGCGCCAUCAAGAAUGGCGAGCAGAUUGCCGCCCCGUUUGAGAACGAACCUGGUGCUGAACACACGUUCCCGGUCAGGGGGGACGCAUGGCUCAAGGUGGCGCAGAUAUGCUUCGACUCGACCACCCCGUUUGACACCAUAGAGAAGAAGUGGGUUUGGGGCGUUGGGUUUGACGCUAUGUGGAAUGAGGUCCCGGACUUUGUGACGGCCGAUAUGAAUAAGUGAGGGGGGUGUUUGGCCGCGAUUUGGGUUUGUGACAGCGAUUCUAUACUUAACAAUGUUACUUUACU